GCGCCAUGCCCCCUCCCAUCCGGCUGCCGCUGGCCCGCCUCCUCGCGGCCAUCUCUGCCGCCGCUUCCUCGCCCGCCGACCUGCGCCGCCUCUCCCACAGCAUCCUGUCCCCCUCCGCGCCUCUCCCCCCGCUCCGCGGCCUCAACGCCCUCCUCGUCGCGCUCGCGCGCCACAGCAUGCUCCCGGACAUGGAGUCCCUCGCGUCCCGCAUGCCCACCCGCGACCUCCGCACGUACACCACCCUCGUCAACGCCUACUGCCUCGCCGGCGACAUCCCCGCCGCGAAGCGCCAUCUCGCAUCACUCCUCCAGGCGGGCCUCGCGCCGGACUCGUACGCGUAUACCUCUUUCGUUCUUGGGUAUUGCCGCGCUGGCCUGCUCACGCACGCCUGCCGGGUGUUCGUGCUAAUGCCGCUCCGGGGAUGUGCGCGGACAGCGUUCACGUACACGGCACUGCUCCAUGGGCUGUUUGGCGCCAGGAUGGUUCGUGAGGCUAUGGCAGUGUUUGUAGGAAUGCAGGCGGACGGCUGUGCUCCGGACACACAUGUGUACGCCACGAUGGUGCACGGGCUGUGUGAGGCUGGAAGAACCGGGGAGGCAGAGGUGCUUCUAGAAAAGGCAAUGGCUGACGGUUUUGAACCUAAUAUUGCUGUCUACAAUGCGCUGAUUGAUGGCUACUGCAAUGCUGGAGACGUGGAGCAUGCACUCAAGGUCUUUGAGGGCAUGGAUAGCGACAGGUGUUCUCCAAACGUGCGGACAUACACUGAGCUGAUACAUGGGUUCUGCAAAUCAGGGAAGGUGGAAAGGGCCAUGGUGCUGUUUAGUCGGAUGGUUGAGGCUGGUUUGGAGCCCAAUGUUGUAACAUACACAGCUUUAAUUCAGGGGCAGUGUAAUGAGGGUCACCUGCAAUGCGCUUUUAGGCUUCUUCAUUUGUUGGAGACAAGUGGGCUGAUUCCCAACAACUGGACUUGCUCGGUGUUAAUUGAUGCUCUCUGCAAGCGUGAGAAGGUUGAGGAGGCCCAGUUGUUUUUUGGGUCUCUUGUCCAGAAAGGGGUUCAGGUGAAUGAGGUUGUUUACACUAGCUUGAUAAAGGGAUUGUGCAAGGCAGGAAAGAUUGAUGCUGCUGAUGAAUUGAUGCAGAAAAUGAUCUCGGAAGGGUUUGUGCCAGAUGACCACACAUACAGUUCACUUAUUGAUGGAUUAUGUAGGCAAAAGAAUUUAUCUCAAGCAAUGCUGUUGUUGGAAGAUAUGAUCGAGAAAGGAGUAGAGGCAACUGCUGUGCCGUAUACCAUUAUAAUUGACAAAUUAGUCAGGGAGUUAGGAUCAGAAGGUCCAAAGAAAUUAUUUGACAAGAUGAUUGAAAAAGGUAUCAAUCCUGACGUUGUAACCUACACAGUAUUUAUUCGCACCUAUUGUGAAGAAGGGAGAAUGGCAGAUGCUGAAUCCAUCAUGGUUCAAAUGGUUGAUCGUGGUAUUUUCCCUAACAUAAUCACGUAUAACACUUUGAUUAGAGGGUAUGCAAAUCUAGGAUUAAUCAGUCAAGCAUUUUCAACUUUUGAACAAAUGGUUGGUAAAGGGUGCAAACCAAAUGAGGAGUCCUACACAGUUCUUCUUAAACUUGUGGUAAAGAAAAAUUCCUGUGAUAACAUCUCUGAGAACUCUGUUGAUUUAUGGAAAAUAGCUGGUUUGAAAGAUCUCCAGGGACUUUUGGAGGAGAUCACUCAGCGUCAUUUGCCCCUAGAUGUCAAUAUUUACAGCUGCUUCAUUAGAUGUCUAUGCCGAGUUGACAGACUGGAGGAAGCAAAAUAUUUGUUUAUGGGGAUGCAGGGUGCUAACUUGAUCCCUAGUGAGGAUGUAUAUACGUCAAUAAUAGACUGCUGCUGCAGAUUAAAAAUGCUAACAGAAGCUUUGACAUUGCUUGAUUCAAUGAAGAAAGGUGGUCAAUUCCCACAUUUAGAAUCUUAUAGAGUUAUUAUUUCUUCUCUUUGUGAAGGAGGAAAUUUUCAAGCUGCUAAGGAAGUUUUUGGUGAUUUAUUACUGAAGGAAUACAAUCAUGAUGAAAUUGUUUGGAAAAUUCUGAUUGAUGGUUUGUUACAGAAGGGCAGUGUUGCUGAGUGCUUGAGUCUGCUCUCUGUCAUGAAGGCACAUGGUUACCAACCUAAUGACACAAUUAGUGCAAUGCUUACAGGUGAAAUAACAGUUAAAAAUGAAGUUCAGGAAAUUGCUAGAUAAAUUUAGACCAACUAACCAACUCUUGUGUUGAUGGUCUACAGCAGAACUGCAGAAGUUGGUUAUGUGCCAUUCCACUGAAGCAAGCAAGCCUUUUGAGAAGAUAAGAUAGCUAUACCUUCAGUUUCUUCAGAAACUUCUAAACUUGGAUACAUGAAAUUAAGCAUCAUUAUGAACGAUCUGAUCCCGAAGCUAGCAUUCUACUUAAAUUGCUAUGACUGGCCAACUGAUGAUUGGUAAAUAUUUGAUGCUAUUGAGAACUCAACUUCGUCUAAAUUUGGUGGAGGAAGCAUAGAGCAAUUUUCAGUCUGUUUGCACAUGCCAUAGUAGCUGUCAUGACAGGACUAACAAGGUGACUGGAAGUCUGGAACAUGAUGAAAUUAUAAGGUCUGAUGUUAUGAUGAAGAAAAUGAAUAUAGAAUGAUGGCUGAAUAGUUUACUCCAUAAAUACCUGGAUAUAGAUGAGGUGAUGAACUCCUCAAAGAUGCUGCAGAUACUGUUCAUACUCAUGCACUGACCAGCUUCAUUUGUUUUCAAGGCUGUGGUCUUUACUGAAAUCAGCUUAGAGGAAGCAGUUGAGUUUGACAGUUACUACCACAACCAUCAGCUUAGAGAAAGCAGCACAGGGGAGACUGCUGAGGCUGGGCCGAUGUUGAUGUUUUCUCAUCUACCCCCAUCGUCGAUGGCUGGCUGUACGUAGUAGCUGCCUCAUACUCGCGGUAACAGAUCCUAGCUCAAUUGGAUGACUGUUCAGAUCUUGUAAUAAUUUCCUGAGACAAUGCUGGAUACUUUUAUUAGUAUUUCAUGUUUUAUGCCCACUUGUAAUACUGCCAAGAUGAAAUUAGUAAUGGUUAAUUAUUAGUAACAUUCUGAUGUUUUGAGCUGAAAUGUGCCAAAGGAUUUCAUUGUGUAAAUUCAUAAAUGCUGGACAUUCCUCAUGGGGAUUGAAUCCCCAAC